AUGAAUGAUGUAAAUCCUUCAAAUGAAAAUCAGGCAGAAAAUAAAUCAGAAAUGAAACAGGAAGAAACAAAUGAAGAAAAUCCUUCCCAGAAGAUAUCAAUUCAAAUGAAGAAAAUAAGUCUCAAACAGACGGUGAAAAAGAAGAAUUUUCUAACGAUGAGUCUAAUCAAUCAAGCAAACCAAAUGAUAAAGAAAAUGAAGAAGAACUUGUUUCAGAACAAGAAACACCAAAUGAAAAAGAAGUUAAAUCUCAAAAAGAAGAAAAUGAACAAAAUAAAUCUCAACAAAAUGAAAACGAAAAAAAACCAUCAGAACAAAAUGAACAAGAAUCAGAAACACCAAAUGAAAAAGAAAAUCCAGAAGACAAUGUUGUUGAAUCUAAUGAACAACGUCCAAAUGAUAAGAAGUCUGAUGAAGAUCAACGACAAGAAAUUCCUAAUACUGUUCCUCAAAAAGAAGAUAAUGAACAGCAACUCGAAAAAGAAAAAGAAGCAGAAAAUGAAAAAGUUGUUAAAUCAGAAAAUUCAAUUGAAGAACAAGAAAAUAAUAAUGAUUCGUUGA